AUGGGCGACGUCGCAGUCGAGAACCCAGCCAACACGGUGGCACCUCACAACAAGCCCAUCCCUUCCACCAUCCCCAACGUUGAGAACAUCGAGGGUCUUUCAUCACAAGAAGGAGACGAGUACGCCACAUUGAAGAAGCUUCAAAGGCAUCUCGAGUACAUUCAGCUGCAAGAGGAGUACAUCAAGGAUGAGCAGCGAAGCUUGAAGCGCGAGCUCGUGCGGGCACAGGAGGAGAUCAAGCGCAUCCAGAGUGUUCCGCUAGUCAUUGGCCAAUUUAUGGAGGCCAUUGACCAAAACACUGGCAUUGUACAGUCCAGCACCGGAUCCAACUAUGUCGUUCGCAUUCUCUCCACCCUCGACCGCGAGAAGCUGAAGCCUUCCUCGUCCGUUGCCCUCCACCGCCACUCCAAUGCCCUCGUCGACAUUCUGCCUCCUGAGGCUGACUCAUCCAUCGCCAUGUUGGGCGCUGAUGAAAAGCCGGACAUUACCUAUGCAGAUGUUGGUGGUCUGGAUAUGCAGAAGCAGGAGAUUCGGGAAGCCGUUGAACUCCCCCUUACGCACUUUGACCUCUACAAGCAGAUUGGUAUCGACCCUCCCCGUGGUGUCCUGCUAUACGGACCACCCGGAACCGGAAAGACCAUGCUCGUCAAGGCUGUUGCCAACUCAACAACGGCCAACUUUAUCCGUGUGGUUGGUUCAGAGUUUGUACAAAAGUACCUUGGUGAGGGUCCACGCAUGGUGCGUGAUGUCUUCAGAAUGGCUCGCGAAAACUCUCCUGCCAUCAUUUUUAUCGACGAAAUUGACGCCAUUGCCACGAAGCGAUUCGACGCACAGACUGGUGCCGAUAGAGAGGUACAGCGUAUUCUGCUGGAGUUGUUGAACCAGAUGGAUGGUUUCGACCAAACCUCAAACGUCAAGGUCAUCAUGGCCACCAACCGAGCCGACACUCUCGACCCUGCCUUGCUGCGACCCGGACGUCUUGACCGAAAGAUUGAAUUCCCCAGCUUGAGGGAUCGCAGAGAGAGACGUCUCAUCUUUUCAACUAUUGCCAGCAAGAUGAGCUUGGCACCAGAGGUUGAUUUGGACAGCUUGAUCACCAGAAACGACCCACUCAGUGGUGCCGUCAUUGCUGCAAUUAUGCAGGAGGCUGGUCUACGUGCUGUGAGGAAGAACCGCUACAACAUCAUUCAGGUUGAUCUGGAAGACGCCUAUUCUGCACAGGUCAAGGGCACCAGUGAUGACAACAAAUUUGAUUUCUACAAAUAA